GUUGUUACUUAAUAUUACUAGAUUUAACUGUUUUUGCUUACUAGCUUACUAACUAGCUAGCAAAUUUAGAUCUUCUGUUCGAUUUGUAGUGUUUUGAUAUAAUUUUGUGAAAUAGAAUUGAGUUAAGCGUGUUUUAUAAUAUGGACGUGUGAAGAAAAUGAAGAGUAAUGUAAAUGUUUUUUUAUAAGACCUUGUGUUCGAAGCCAAAUAUGCAUUUGAUUCAGAAGGUUUAAUAUACAAUGAUUAUUUGGUGCUAUGUACCAAUCUAAGAGCAGUCUUGAGGUCGCUGUUGAAGCAGCAGCUCGGGUUGACGCAGUUUUGGCCAAACGUGGCAAGAUUAAACCGAACCCAAUCGCAACUGCAUUGGCAACAGCAAACAAGUCUUCAACCGAUCUUUUUCAGACAGAGUUUGAAAUCAAUGAUGUCCCACUAACCGCUAGGAACCUGCUAACAAAAGGGAUAACGCAGGAGGAGAUCAACCAUUUCUCAGGUGCUUCUAUCUCAACCAGGGGCCGUUACGUCACACCGGAGGACAGGCCAAAGUUACCGAAGGGUGAACGGCCUCUCUACUUAUUCAUUCAGGGGCCCAACAAGCAGUCAUUGGAUUUGGCAAUUCAGAGGAUCGAUUCACUGAUCAAAGAGGUGAUGGAGCAAGAAAAGUUCAAAAUGGGGAUUCCUCCACCUAUGAUCACAAUGCAGACAUCUCUGCCAGGCAUGGAAAAGGUGAUUAUUGGACUAGAUAAUGCUCCGCCAACGUUUGACGUUCGAAACAAGGUGUUGGGACCGGCUGGGGCGAACUUACAAUACAUCAGCAAUGAGACUGGUGCGGUGGUAACACUGAGAGGCCGGAGCAGUGGAUACCCUGAGGCUGGGACAGGACAGGAAUCACCUGAACCUCUGCAUAUCUGUGUUGAGCACCAGAAGAUAGAAGUGCUCCAGGCUGCUCGACAGUUGGCCUUCAACCUUGUCGAAACUAUACAACAGGAGUUUAACCAGAUUCACCCUCAGUUAACGCAGCCGCCAAUGCAGAUGCCACCUCAGCCAGGUCAGUUACAGACGGUUACUCUUCAACCAGACCAGUUACCUCCAGGUAUGGUUCCUACUACACUGCAGCUACCUGUCCUGGGGCAACAGCCUGGUCAAGUGGGUCAGCUUGUCAAUAUGCCACCGCCCAGUCUAACGGUGCCUCCACCUCAGCUCUUGCAGCAACCCCCUCCGGUCACCCUACCCCCACCAGGGGUGCAUAUACCACCCCAUCAAGGCCCUUUAGUCCCUCAACAACAGGCCAUAAUUCAGCAACAAAUACUACAGCAGCCACCGCCCAAUGUAGCUCCUCCUGGACAUACCCAAAUCUCUCAUCAGGUUAUCAGCCAGGGAGGACCUAUCUUGAGUCAACCUCCCCCCUCAAUCACGUCUCAAACACCUCCCACAUCUGUCGUCACAUCCAUCCCGCAGCAGACUCAAGCGUUCAUUACUCACGCCACGUACCCUGUACAGUACAUCCAAACAGCUAAUGGGCAGACUCUGAUGGCGUACCCUCAGAUGAAGCCAGGGGAGGCACAGGGUCAGGUGCAGCUGAUACAGGCGCAGCCUGGGCAACAGCCAGCACAGCUGCAAUUGAUACCAGGACCAGGUGGCACGCAGCAGUUGGUCAUGCAGCAACCUCAGCAGCAGGUGACAAUGCUUCUGCAGUAUCAACAACAGAACGAACCAGGCAAGGGACGGCUUCUGGCUGGUCAACAGCGGCUGGCAACUCCUGUACAAAUUCAGCUGCAGCCAGGAGUGCAGCUUAUUAACCCCCAGCUUCUGCAGCCAGGUCAGACCCAGGUACAGCUGCAACUGCAGCAGCCAAUAACUCAGCAGCUGAUGCAACAGACAGUGAGAGCUAUCUCACCUCAGCAACUGCAACUAACCAGACCACCGGGGCCACAGCAGAUGGAACAGCAACAGGUGCAGCAGCAGAUUCAGCAACUCCAACAACAGCAACAACAACAACAAGGACCACCACAGCAUCAGCACCCUCCACCACAGCAGAUUCUUCAAAUCCAACCACAGCAAGGUCCACCGCAGGUACAGCAAAUCCACCAAAUUCCGCCUGGUCAGCAAUUGCAGCAAAUUUCACCCAACCAAGUGCAACAAAUGAACUUGCAACAACCUCCACAGAGUCCACAGCAAUCGCAACAAAACUCACAGCAGGUUCCACAAAAUCUACAACAAAGUCCUCAACAAGUACAGCAAAAUACUCAGCAACAACGGCAGCCACAAACACAACAGAGCCAACAACAACAGGCUCAGCAACAAUUGCAACAGCAGCAUAUGCAACAACAGUCACCUCACAAAGAGGGGUCACAGCAACAGAAUCAAGCAAAUCAGCAAAUGCAGAAGCAGAACCAGCCAGGAAUGAAUCAACAACAGCCAGUUACAGGGAAUCAAAUGCCUCCUCCCCAACCACAGCAGCAACAACAGGGGCAGAAACGUAGCUAUGAAGGCGACCAACAACCCCAAUCAAACACUUAUCGAGGUCCCCCGCAACCAGUACCGCCACCAAAGAUGAUGCCACCACAGAAAAACCAGCCUCCCUCCCGUGGUGUUGGGAACGGUGCGAGCUCGGCGCAGAAGGCAGCGGUUGCGCCGCUCUCUCAGCUGCCCCCACAGAUACAGAAGCAGCUACUACCUCCCCCGCCACCCCCACAGCCUGGGGCUCCAGAUGAAUGGCGAAAUAACCAACCUCCCGAACUCAUGAAUCAGGGUGAACGAGUAGAGCAACCAGUGCCUCAGGGUGACAACCGAGCUGCCAAUGGAACACGGCAAGAGCGUCCGACGUUCAACCACUACUCGUCCAAACCACAGCUGUACAAUGCAAACAUGCCCUUUCACAUGCAGGGGCUGGGGGCAUACCCACCACCACCACCUCCGCCACCACCGGGCCCGACCCCUCCCAUGGCGGGGCAGUUCCCAUUCUACCAGCAGCCGCCGGCCACCAGCCAAUACCCGUACUUUAUGAUGCAUCAUCAACAGUAGUAUACUCGUGCGAUGCUUUAGCAGUGGUUCAGUAUCUGAUACAGUGUAUAAUAUUUAGGUAAAUAAGUGAGAACUCUUUGUAGAUUACAAUCAAUAUCACUUGCGUUAGGUUUCUUCUCAGCAAUUUUGUCCAAUAUACAGUUUUAAUUUAAUUCCAUUCGUCCAUAGAUAGUGUGUUUUUGCUUAACAUUUGGACCAUAAUUUGUUGUUAUUACUAGAAAAAUUAUUUAUUUAUUUUUGUUAAUUUUACGUGUACAUUUAUUAAAUGGCGGUUAUCAGGAAAUUUUGUAUUUGUAAUUGUUUUUGUAAUUAGAAAUAUACAUAAUUUUAAAACCAAA